UCAUCCACGCAAAGACUCCGACUCUCCGCGCGGGGGGGCGGGGGAACAUAUAAGACCUAGAAGAUGAGGCCACGAGGCACACCGAGACUGAACCACUUGCAGUGCAUAAAGACCCACAAGCAAGAAGACUCCGAAGCCGGGAGUAAAAGUACCAACAAAGACGACUGGAGCUGUUAGACUGCAAAGAAAGACAAGAGAAAGAGAACGACAGCGCGAAGAGAAGAGAAGAAGCAGAGCGCGCGCUUGCCUUGCUUUCUGAAAGCUGGAAAUAGAAGUCUAACAAGCAAGAGUUGGUAGUUAAACUCUCUGGAGUUUGGUCAGAGUCGCUUUAUUUGCCGUUUGCUUGUGGAAGUGGACUGCACUGAAACUUGGAGUCGGUCUGCAAAGAAAAAACAACAAAGAGAGAAGCAUAGCUGCUUCUCCGCCGCUUUUUCUUUUCUUUUCCUGUCCCCAACUUUGCCUUCAACUUCACCUGACAAGGCGAGUUUGAAGAAAGCGGGAGCGGUCAAGAUUUCAUCGCGGUGAAAAAUCAGUGGAUGGAGAGAGUCUAUCGAAGACAAGAAAAUAUUUAAAGAUCUGCUACAGACAGAUAUGGCCCUAUUAUUCUAGAGAAGUUUUUAACCCUCCAUCCAAACUACCUUAGUGCACAAAAAGAAACAACCAACAAAAAGAAACCCAGAAGAUAAAAGAUCAAGCAACAAAAUCCCUCUCACAAGCUGUAUAGUGGAAGAGAGAGCUAAAGAGGUUUAGAUCAAUCCAGUACACCAAUCCAUCCAUCCUCUACAAGGGAGAAGAUGGAGUGGAAACCCUUCUUGUUCACUGGCCUCUCUCUGGCCUUGUGUGUGUUUCUUGGCCUGACUCUUGCUACCCCAUCUGGACCCGCCUCGGCCACCUGUGCUACACUCGAGCAAAGCCGCUUUUUUGGUGUCUUCUCAUCGAAAACAGCACUUCCGGCAUCCCCAUGCUCAUGGACCCUGCAGAACCCUGACCCUCGUCGCUACACCGUCUACAUGAAGAUCACCAAGCCAACCGAAACAUGCAUACCACGCCAGAUCAAGACCUUCCAGUUCGACUCAUUCCUGGAGACCUCACGAACCUACCUGGGUAUGGAAAGCUUUGAUGAGGUAGUCCGCCUGUGUGAUGCUACGUCUGCCGUGGCCUACCUUGAGUCCAGCAAGCAGUUCCUGCAGGUCAGGAAGGUUGUGCCCCGCAUUGGAACCGAGCUCCUGGUUGAAGAGGAUGGAAAUGAUGAUGAGGGCAGCCAGUUCAGUGCCGAGUUCCUGGUCGUGGGGAAGAGGAACCCUAGUGUGCCUGCCUGUGAGAUGCUCUGCAAGUGGCUUGAGGAUUGUCUGGCAACCAGUUCCCAAGGUAACCCCUGCGGAAUCAUGGCCACACCAUGCCAGUGCUGGGAGUCACCCAAGAGGAGGCCAGGCGGGUGCUACAGGGGUGGAGUCUACCUGGAGAAAUGCACACCUACUAUUAGAGACAACAACAGGGAUGCUGAGAUCAUGAAGGGUUGGUCUAGUUGGGCCCGCUGGUCUGAGUGCAGCAACGAGUGUGGAGGCGGUGUCCAGUUGCGCAGCAGAGCAUGCCAAUCUGAAGAUUCCAACUGUGAGGGUGUGGUUGAGGAGGCCAGAGCUUGCAAUCCCCAACCCUGCAUUGGUAAAAUGCGCCAGCGUAGCCAGGGUCUGCGUUCCAUCAUCGGCCUGAGAAGAGACAACGAUGAGAUAACAGUUCCUCAAUCCGACGGAGUUCAGGAUCAGUGGUCCUCAUGGAGCUCCUGUUCUGUUAGCUGCGGUGAGGGCUGGCAGACCCGUACACGUAACUGCAUGGCAUCUGGAAACAGCGUGAUGUGUAUCGGCCCUUUGAGAGAGAACAGACCCUGCAACAACUCUAUGGUUUGCCCAGUGAAUGGAGCCUGGGACGAGUGGGCACCAUGGAGUCUGUGUUCAUCUACCUGUGGUCGCGGAUAUCGUGAUCGUGUCCGUGUCUGCAAGCCACCCAAUAAUGGAGGAGAACCUUGCACUGGGCCCAGAAAACAGACCAAGUUCUGCAACAUUGCUGUCUGCCCUGUUGAUGGUUCCUGGAACGAAUGGUCUGCCUGGACUCCCUGCUCUGCCUCUUGCUCUAAUGGAACAAUGCAGCGCACACGAGAGUGUAACGGCCCAUCAUACGGAGGCUCAGAGUGCCGUGGAGACUGGCGUGAAACCAGCAACUGCUUCCUCAAAGACUGCCCAGUGGACGGGAGAUGGCUCUCCUGGAGCUCUUGGGGCAGCUGCAGUAAGACAUGUGGAGGAGGCACACAGCAGAGGCAGAGGGUGUGUGAGGGACCAUUCUUUGGUGGAGAACCCUGCAUCGGUGAUAAAGCUGACCUUAGGCGCUGCAAUGAGAAGAGAUGCCCAGAACCCCACGAGAUCUGUGGUGAAGAGAGCUACGGAAAUGCUGUGUGGAAGAGAACUCCAGCUGGAGACACCGUUGCUGUUCCAUGCCCCUCUGACGCAACAGGCCUUGUCCUCCGCCGAUGCACCCUGGACGCUAUCGGUUUGGCCUUGUGGGGAAACCCUAGCUACAUCAAAUGCGUCUCCAGAGAAUACCAAAACAUCCAAGCCCUGGCCCGUGAGCAGUUCGCGAAGUCCCAGGCAGGAGUGCAGGUGGAUGGUGUGACUGAAAUGCUGUCCAGGCUGAGGAUGACCUCAAACGAUGCGACGAAGUACAGCGGGGACUUGCUGGCGGUGAUGGAAAUGCUAAGAAACACUACUCAGAUUUUCAGAAGUACUGGUUACAGUGUUGUUGAUAUAGAGAAUUACGUCCAGACAAUCAGCAAUUUACUGAAGGAGGAACACCAUGGCAAAUGGCAGGAAGCACAGCUGAUGGGGGUGAACAUUAGGGAGCUGUUCAGCUUGAUUGAAGAUUUCAUUGACAUCAUCGGCAAGCAGAUGAGAGAUUUCCAAGACAUCUAUGAAAUGACUGAGAACUUUGUGCUGAGCAUCCAGAAACAUCCCAAAACUAUGACUUCAGAUGUGACCUUCCCCAUGAAAGGUUGGAGAGGCAUGAUGGAGUGGGUCCGCAAUUUGGACGAGAAAAUCGUAGUGUCACGUAAUGCCCUCAGUCUGGAUGUGCCAGAUGCUGAAGAAAGCACAGGCUUUGUAACUGGCAUUGUUCUCUACAGAAAUCUGGGCCCUAUCCUGUCUGUGCAAAGCAACAGCACCUUGCUGAACUCUAAGGUUGUCACAGUAAUGGUGAAGCCAAACCCCGGUUUCAUGUCUGCUCCAGUCGAGAUCGAGUUCCCUCACCUGCACAAUGACACCGUCAAUGAGACAUGCAUUGCCUGGGAUGAGAGUGAGACUGAGUCGUUGCUGGGCUCGUGGUCUGCACGCGGCUGCAGAGCGCUCGCGCUCGAUUCAGGCAGGACCAGGUGCGCGUGUGACGCUCUUUCCACGUUCGCCAUCUUAGCACGGCCAAACCCCGAAUCGAACAUGGAUAAGAACCUGUUGCCGUCGGUUACUAUGAUCGUAGGAUGUGGCGUUUCAUCCCUGACGCUGCUUCUGCUCAUCAUAAUCUAUGUCUCUGUUUGGAAAUAUAUUCGCUCUGAACGUUCUGUCAUCCUCAUCAAUUUCUGCCUGUCAAUCAUCUGCUCCAACGCUCUCAUCCUGAUUGGUCAGACACAGGCUCGCAACAAGGUCAUGUGCACCCUGGUGGCAGCCUUCCUUCAUUUCUUCUUUCUGUCAUCUUUCUGCUGGGUUCUGACAGAGGCGUGGCAGUCGUACAUGGCCGUGACCGGACGUCUGCGCAACCGUAUCAUCCGCAAGCGUUUCUUGUGCCUGGGCUGGGGCCUGCCCGCGCUCGUCGUGGCUGUUUCUGUAGGAUUCACCAAGGCCAAAGGAUACGGCACGGUCAACUACUGCUGGCUGUCUCUUGAAGGAGGGCUUCUGUACUCGUUUGUUGGACCAGCAGCUGCUGUAGUGUUGGUGAACAUGGUGAUUGGUAUUCUGGUCUUUAAUAAGCUCGUGUCAAAGGACGGGAUCACAGAUGUGAAGCUGAAGGAGAGAGCAGGGGCGUCGCUGUGGAGCUCGUGCGUGGUUCUCCCACUGCUGGCUCUGACCUGGAUGUCGGCUGUCUUGGCCAUCACAGACCGGCGCUCGGCUCUCUUCCAGAUCCUCUUCGCCGUCUUCGACUCGCUCGAGGGCUUCAUCAUUGUAAUGGUGCACUGCAUCCUGCGACGCGAGGUACAAGAGGCUGUGAAAUGUCGCGUAGUCGAUCGUAAGGACGAUGGCAAUGGAGACUCUGGGAGCUCGCUGCAGAACGGCCACACACAGCGCAUGGGUGACUUUGAAAAGGACAGUGACUCAAACAGACCAGGUGGUGUGAAGACCUCUUCAGAGGAGAAGAUGCCUCUCCCUCAGCUGCCUCUUCCCAUGGGUCCCAAUUUCCACACACUGCCCUCGAAACCCAGCGCCAAGACCCACAUGCCUCCCAUGCCCGACUACUCCAGCCAUACUCUGACCCUGCGCAGAGAUAAGACCCGUGUAGGUGAGCCACCCUGUUCCAAGCCUGUCUACGUGUGCGACAGCGACAUCUUCACACAGAUGGACCCCGAGCUUGUGCGCGUCCCAACCGAAGGCGGCGGUCCUGACGCAAGCGGCUACAUGCUGUUGCCUAACACUACGUCCACGCUACGCUCCAAGCCUAAGGAAGACAUUUCUUCUGCAAAGUACAACAUCAGCGUUGAGCAGCUGCCUCAGGCACGCAUCAUGCAUCUGGGCAGCGGAUAUGCCGAGCCUCAGGCUGCCUAUGCUACCAAGCCGGUAACGGCUGACCGUGCCAGCGUGUCCUAUUCAGAGCGCGACUCACCCCUGCAGAACGUGCACAAUAUUUCCAGCGAGAGUCACGUCACCAGUUUGCUAGGAGACACCUUCGACUCCAUGAACUCCAUGAUGUCGAAGAGCGAGACCAUCUCUACACUGUCCAUGAGCUCGUUGGAGGUCAGCGAGGGGAGGCAGAAAUCUCGUUAUGCUGAGCUCGACUUUGAGAAGAUCAUGCACACGCGAAAGCGCCAUCAGAACAUGUUCCAGGACCUCAACAGGAAGUUACAUCAUGCUGAGAAGGACAGAGAAUCACCCGCUUCUGACAGCAAGUCUGUGAGGUGGAGCGUGUCUUCUGCAGGAAGUGACAAAACAAGCCACAGCGAUAAACAACAAGCACUGGGAGAGCGUUCAUGGGAGACCAUGCCGCGAUCACAGGCGUCACCACCAUCGUGGGUGAGAAAGGAGCUCGAGCCUUUGGCAGCAUCACCCUUAGAGAUGCCCUCUGUGGAGUGGGAGAAGCCUGGCACUGCUAUCCCUCUGGUAGGCCAGGACAUCAUCGACCUGCAGACGGAAGUGUGAGGCCCUUACCAAAAAAAAAUUGUGUAUACCCUGGCUCCUUUUGGUUUGGGAAAGAAGAGGGAGAAGGCGGAAUCAGAAGGGAAAAUUGGGAGGUCAAGAAAGAUAAAUAGAGUGUAGGGGUGGAGAGAGAACCAAAAACCAUGUCCUGAUAUCCAAAGAAUUAAGAAGGGGAAUUAAUGAAUGAGAACGCUUGCAUAGUUUGGGAUUUAUGUAGCUUCAAAUAAUGGUAAUUACCAUGAAGGAGGAAGGGGGAGGGGAUCUGAUAGAUAGAUGGAUGGAUGGAUCUGAUGGUGUGGCUUUGGUUCUCCUCUGGGCACAGUAAGGUUCUCGUUUUUUUCCGCCAAGAGCUUCUCCCGUAACUCUUCCGUCUGGUCCAGGAGAGGUGUGGUCUUCAUGCCUGUGCCUUUUGUUCAGUUUUCGUUUGACUUCAGUAUGGAAAAGGCGACCGGUUGCUCGGCUCAGUGAGCUUGACCUCUUCCAGUGUCUCUGCUCUCACCCUGAGAGAAGGACUGGCACCGAGUGACUUCCCAGCAGCCUGUUGGCUGUUUUUUCACCCUGAGGUGAACGGACGCAUGUUGGCAACUGUCUGCGCUGUGGUUAUUGUUAUUUUUUUAUCGCUUAUGCGUAGCGCUGCUUCUCAAGAGCUUAUUACAGACUCUUCCACUGAACUCUAUUCAGAGUCUAAUAGCAUAACUUUCCUGGACUCAAGGCUUGAAUAGGACUGUCAGAGCUGAACAUUUAUUUUUUAUGGUUUAAAUUGUCAUUGUUAUUAAAUAAUAAUGCAUUAUAAAGGUAUGAUUUAUAUUUAUAAGAUUUAUUUUCUUUUUUUCUUGUAAUUUGAUUUGUUUGGAUUUGUCUUCAUUACCUUCAACUGUGGAGUUUCAUUUUAUAAGUAUAAUAUAAUAACAUCCCACUGUUUCCCAAAAUCUACACGAGGAACAUAAUGAGAGUGCAAGUGGAGGUAUGGCUUCACAGAGAUGCUCAAACACAUGUGACCACAUGUGAGACACCACUGCUACACCUGGAGCAAGCCCAGUGCACAUUCUGGGUACCAAAGGCUGGGUGCGAGCGGCAUGUGGACACGUUAAGGAUAAAAACACCAUCUUUGUUCAGCUGAAUGCCCGGUUGGAUCAUCUCGCUAUCUGUGUUUCCUCCAUUUCCAUUACCAGCUCGUUCUACAGCCUUGAGAACUUAACAACAAGGAAAAAGAUUUAUAACCUCAAAGACCCUAGCACUGGGCCUUGAGGCACCUCGGCGUGUGGUCCGGGGCUGUUCUCGCCCUCUGCUGAACUCCAGCAGAACUUCCGCAGUGCCAGCUGUAGAGGCAAACAGACUCUCAUAUUGUGCAAAGAGAGAGUGAAUAAAAAAAGUGCAAUAUGAUGAUGGACGCUUGAUGCAUCAUGUAAAAGGGUGAUGUCAGACCCAUGACAGAUUUUUAUUAUUUUUGGAAUUUUGUACCAUGUUUAUAGAGCACAUAGAGACAUUUAUUAUAAUACUGUCUGAGGACUGUAUUAGUAAAUAUCAAAGAUUCUUUCUCCAUGAAUUUGAUUUGAUGGAUGAAAGCACAUGACUUUGAGUCUUGUGAUUAAUAUUUGGGAGAUAAAAAUAGAAAUUAUAUAUGAAGAAUAAUAGACUAUAGAGUAUGUUUCAGGUACAUACCCCUGGUUUUCUACUUGAUUCCCCAGAUUAUUGAAUAACAGUACACUGGUCCUCUGUAUUGUCCUGUGUUUUGAAACCCUGUAACCCUGUGUGCCAAUAAGCUUCCCUCUUGUUGCAGUCUUAGACACUAUGGGUUAUCAAAGUCCUAACUGUUUGUGUCUUUUACAUUUCUAUGUCAUUAUUUUUCCAUUGUUUUCACAUGUACAGUUUUCAGAGCACAAAAUGAAUAUGUCUGAUUUCUAAUAAAAAAAAAAUCUAUAUUA